AGACAUCUGAUUCUGAAUACUUUUAUACUUCGGAGGGAAUUUUUGACCAACAAGAUGGCCACCGACGUGGCGAUUCUGAGCGCGCUCGCGCAAGUGACGGACCAGGAGCUUCGUUAUUUCGAACUCGUCACCCUUCGGUUCGGCGGCAAGCAGCGGAAAGUUUAUCUUUGCAUCGGGCGCCACGCGUUUUUUCUGGUGAAAAAGGACGUCAGCGCGUUGAUCCAGGGGGGCGAGCUGUUUUACGCGUAUUUGGAGGCGGUGGUGGUGGACAGUAAUUCCAAAUCCGAUUUGCUUUUGGUGCUGAACGACAACCGACCGGGGUUCUGGAUCAGCCCAAACCUGUUCGUGCUCUCCUCCAAACGCUCUUCGUUGGUUAUGGAAUGGAAAUAUGUUUGGGUCUGGAAGAAUGCAAGUUUGUCAUGCUUGUCUGGCAUGACUCGAGAAUCUGUGUUGCAUAGGCACGAAAAGGCCGACUUGCUUGUCAUGCAAAAACGCAGGUUGCCAUGCGGAAUACGUAAGACAUGGCAGCCAAAAGAUUUGUCAUGCAUGGCUGCGUACUGCAGUGCGUCUAUCAUUCACUUUUAGCUAUACAAGUUUCCAGACCCAGACAUUUUUACAUCUGAUAUUGGUGCAGCAUCUGCAAUGCUGCUGGACGGUGGACUACAUGUGGCGGUACGGCUUGGUGGCCAACUUUCCGAAGCGCGAGGCGGCGCUGACCUCCGACCUUUUCACCGGCGAGAUCUGCAUGCCGUUUCACGGCUACGCUAAGAACGAGUUUCAGUCCUACUCGUUUUUCCUGAAAGAUUCCUUCGCCGAAGUCCCGUCAGUGCUUCAGGCGGAGAACACGGGACACUACUCGGACACGAAGCGCAAGGGCUUCGAGGUGAUCAUCCACGUGCACGAGCCCGUGGAGAUCAGCCUGCUGUCGAAGAUGAACCGCGAGCACGUGCGGUGGGUGGCGUUGGAGUACAAGCAGAUGCUCACGACGGACUCCGCGGAGCAGAACAGCAAUAAUCUGGUCUACUACGUCCUCCGCAACGCGAGCUACCUGAAGAAAAUGAACCUCGCAGAGGACAUCGCCAUGUGGAUCGGUUGGGAGAUGCUGGUGAAGACGGAGAAGUACGUGCUCAUCGUCGUGGUCCUGCGUCGCCAGUAUCUCCCCCCGCUGAUGUCCGCGUGCCAGGACGUGGUCGUGAUGUUCAAAUCGCCGAACCUGGAGGCGGAAGCCAUCAAGGCGCAGCAGGCCGGGAAGAAAAAAAUCCCCAAAUUCUACACCGACGAAGAGCUCUUGCUGGAGGCGCACCUGUAUCAAGUGUAAAAAUGUCUGGGUCUGGAAGAAUGCGCGACUUGGCAUGCUUCUCUGGCAUGACUCUUAAAUCUGUCAUGCAGGCUAGUACCCAAGAGCCCCACUUUCCUGUCAUGCAAAAACGCAGUUUGUCAUGCAGAACAGGCAACACCUAGAAGCUCAGAAACUUGUCAUGCUGAGCCAGCACUUAUGGCUUCCUCAUGAUACGCCACCCAGCAUCACAAGUUUCCAGACCCAGACAUUUUUACAUUUGAUAACCUGAUCGCGGACUCCUUGUCCCCAGUGGAAGACGAGUUUCCGGUGUACCGCGACAUUGUGCAGGCCAAGCUGGACUCGUUGCGGUUCGACGAGGACGGGUAUCGGUUUCUGGAGAACCACGUGAAGCUGCUGCCGAACAACGUGCGGGAGCAGGGGAAAUCGUUCCUGAAGUCCAUAUUCCAACUCCUCGUUUCCGAUGGCAUGCUCGUGAACGGGGACCAGAUGCUGAAUGACAGCAUGUUCACCCUCGGGAAGCAGGAGAAGGACGACCGGUGGCAUAUUGUGAGGAAAAAUCCCCCCUCCCCAUAUCGAAGACGGAAUUUGUGUUGCUGUAUUUGAGUACACAAAUCACAUCUGUCUUGCUAGAGUGGACGGCAGACCCAUAUCAAGCCUGAGCAGAGAUGCUUUGACUUAGGCGCUUAGCAUGAGAAGCGUCCGUGAUGUUGGCUCAACAGCAUGACAAACCGCCUCCAUGAUGGGACGGAAGCUGCUGCCCUUGUCUUCUUGCAGCACAAACGUGAUUUGUGACCUCAAAUCAGCAACACAAAUUUUCGAAAACCUACCUCUUCAAUAUGGGGAGGGGGGAUUUUUCCUUGCGAUAUGGCAGGUGCUGCCCACCAAGGACAACCCGCUGCUCUUCGCCGAGGAGCUGGUGGAGAAGGGCGAGGUAUCAAAUGUAGAAAUGUCUGGGUCUGGAAGAAUGCAACUUCUCAUGCUAAAGUAAAUCUGAAGCAUGCAAAAAUCUGCGCUGCAUGAUUACCAAAAGUCGUCCAAGUUUGACCAAGUCGGGAGGCAGUUUCUCAUGCAGGAUAGGCAUGAGAAAGAUCGCACAGAGUCUGUCAUGCUAGGUCCUGCAUUCCAGACCUCAUGGGUCAUGGAAAAGCUGCAUGACAAGUCGCGAACUCUUCCAGACCCAGACACUUUUACAUUUGAUAUGAGGGGCUGGAGAACAACGCGAAAGCGCAGCAAGGACAGACGUCCGCGGCGGCGAACGAGGCGCGGAACAACUGGAACAAGCGGGUCGCGCGGUACUUCGCCUACUGUCUCGACGGGGGGUUGUGUAUAGAAAGAAAAAAGUUUGUCACAGUCAUUAACCUGGAGAUUUAGCAUUACAAAUUUUUUUAGCAUCACAACUUUUGCUUGUAUUGCAGAAACACAAAGGGAAAUCUCCUAUGAAGUUUGGCUGUGAUGCAUUUUUACGCAUGACAGGCAUUUUUUGUAUUGCAAAAAUGCCCAUGAGUGAUCGUGACGAACUUUUUUCUUUUGAUAUUGUGCCGCGCCUUCACACUGUACGACCUGAUAGACGCGAAGGCGGGUCUUUCCGCCGAUAUCAACUGUAAAAAUGUCUGAGUCUGGAAGGAUGCGAACUUGUGAUGCGCAUUUCACAACACAGACAAAGCUCUCAUGCAUAGGCAGCAAAAGGCGCCCACUUCCUGUCACCAAAAUGCGGGAUUUGUCAUGCGGAUUAAGCAAUGCGGAAGCUUCUCGAAAUCUGUGAUGCUAGGGCUUCCAUGACAGACAUUUUGUGUCAUGCAAAAACAGCAUGACGAAAGUCUGCAUUUUUCCAGACCCAGACAUUUUUACAUUUGAUAGCCGAGGCGCAGAAGCGAAUCGGACGCAUCAUCGACUACUUGCUCCACCUCCGGCCGACGGACAUGAGCCGCCGCUAUUUCGACGUGUCGAUCGUGACGCAAUUGCAGGAGUCGCUGGAAUAUCGUGUGCAAAAGUAUCGUACUCGUAGUGCAAUCAUGAAUUACAAAUCUUUCUCUUAAGGUAAUUAGCAUUUAUACAAAUUUUAUCCCUCAUGCUGAGGGAAUUUGUCAUGCAUUUAUACGAGUACGAUACUUUUGCCGUUCAUAUGGAAAACUGGGAGUUCAACGAGCGGGUGAUGCAGAUUCUCCUCGAGUCCGACUACAUUCGGAAACUCUUCGGGCGCAGUCGAGAGAAGGAGUACAGUCAGUGCGUUGGGUAUGGAUGUGUCAGGAUUGAAAUCGACAAAGUUGAAAUAAACUUGUAAUGCAUAAAAUGGAUGAAAGUUGUGACCCAGUUUCCAAGUGGCGCAUGACAAAUUUGGGUAGAGCCGAAAUCCAGUUUGUCAUGCUGUUUGCGUAAGGAGGACGCCAUUUGUCGUGCUACUUUAGCAGCUCAGUUUCUACCCCUCAACAUGCUGGCUUACAAGCUGCCUCACUUGCCUACUCUGCAAGACAGGCACUCUGUGGGCUGCAUUUUAUGCAUGGCGUUGUGGUGCUUUCGGUGGGAUGGACGUCCGGUGUUGCUUCGACACUCUUGUGUUGUUGCAUUUGUGAAUGCGAGGGCAGUGGUAGACUGAGGUUGCUGGAGUUUUCCGUAAGGACACUCCAAGUUAAUUUUUGACUACUUCGCUUCCUUGUGCCUCUGCUUUAGUGCUAUUUUUGGCGCUUUGGCUUAUAGGCGUCCCCCUCGCAUCUCACCUCCAGGUCUUCGGGGACCCCACUUUUCCAAGGUUCUUGGUUGUGGAUGGUUCCUUGAGGGCUUUGUGGCGUCUGGGUAUCCUUUGUUGCAUUUUAUGCAUGACAAACUAUUUCAAUUUCAACUUUGACGAUUUCAAUCCUGACACCCCCAUAUCGGGAGGUUGCUGGCCAACCCGAUGAUGUCCAUCACGCUGAAGUCCUCGCUCUGUCGGCAAAUCGUGAGCAAUCCGCCCUUAUGGAUUGCAAAUAUGUCUGGGUCUGGAAACUUGUAAUGCUAAAAGUGAAUGAUAGACGCGCCGCAAUACUCAGCUAUGCAUGACAAAUUUUGUGGCUGCCAUGUCUUAUGUAUUCCGCAUGGCAAACUGCCUUUUCGCAUGACAUCUAAGAGGGCUCUUUCGUGCCUAGGCGACACAGAUUCUCGAGUCAUGCCAGACAAGCAUGACAAACUUGCAUUCUUCCAGACCCAGACACCUUUGCAUUUGAUAGCCGUCCCCCGACAACCAGGCGAUCUUGGCGCCGGCGUUGGUGGACGUGCUGAAGAACACGACCUCCUACUACGUGCAGACCUGCGUCUGCGCGGCGUUGGUCGUCAUGACGGCGGACAGCGACCAGGCGAAGACGCUGGUCAUGGCGUGCGGGAUCGCGCCGCUGAUCCUCAAGAUGGUGACCAGCCGGGACGACGAUUUGGUGUAUCACGCCCUCAUGCUGGUCGUCAACCUGUCGAAGCACACGCACCACCGCGCGAUCUUCGUGCAGUACGGGCUGCUGCCGAUCCUAUGCGACAUUUUGUCCUCUUCCUACCACACGAUCCAGUUCAAGGGGAAGAUUUUACUGCAGCUCUGCGCGGUCAUCGGCCAGUGCUGCAAUGACGAGGAGUCGCGGAAGAUCUUGACCAACAGCCCGCACGAGUUCACGCUGGACUGCCUCAUGUUCGUGUUCGACGAGUGCCCGCCGCGGUCCGCGCUGGAGUGCAAAACGCUGUACUGCAUGCGCAUGUGCGCCAUGAAUAGCAACGACAAGAAGUACCGGGUCGGCCAGCACUGCUACCUGAAGUUGCUGGAAGAGCUCCAGGACACGGACGACAUGGCGAAGUACCUCGACUUCGUCUACAACGCGUUGGGGUUUCUGCUCGUGAUCGCAGAAAAGGUGGAGAACGCCGCGGCGCUGCAAUCCACAAACAUCGUGGACAUCUUGCAGCGGAUCAAGGACGACUUGUACGACGUGGCUUCGGUUCAGGAGAAGGUGAAGGCGCUAGCGGACCUGAUCCGGGCGCAAACACACCGGGAACAAUUUUGA